AUGCGCUUCCUCUUCUCCUUAUCCCUCGUGGCGUCCGUUGCCGUCGGCGCCUUGGCUUCGAGUUCCUCCGACCUGAAGAUUGACGUAACCCUCCCCGUCGAAUGCGACCGAAAAACGGAAAAGGGCGACAAUAUCCAAGUACACUAUAGGGGAACGCUUGCUUCCAAUGGAAAGAAGUUCGAUGCCAGCUACGAUCGAGGCACUCCUUUUAGCUUUAAGCUUGGAGGCGGUCAGGUCAUCAAGGGAUGGGACCAAGGACUUUUAGACAUGUGCAUUGGGGAGAAAAGGACUUUGACCGUCCCUCCCGAGUAUGGAUACGGAAACCGGGGCGUUGGGCCAAUCCCCGCCGGAUCUACUCUUGUGUUCGAGACGGAGCUCAUCGGCAUCAAAGGCGUCCCCAAACCCGAGUCUAUCGUCACCAAGGCCACCAGCAGCGCAAGCUCUGCUGCCAGUGAAGCCAGCGAAACUGCCGAGAAAGUAACGGCUAAGGUGGCAGAAAAGAUUGCGAGCAAGGUGGAAGAGGCUGCCGAAGUCGUUGGAACCCUACUUGUCGAUACCGACGACGUCCAGGACCACAACGAGCUAUAG